AGUGGGCGUUCCCCAGCUAUUAUGGGCGGCGUUCCUGUGUGUCCCUUACACCAGGCUCGCUCACGUGACUGACAGCGGUGACCGCAGCAGCAAUAGUAUCACAACAUCGGGCGCUGCAUAAGAGUGACAGCAGCCGCAGGGUGAUGGAGGAGCAGCAGGAGAUGGUGUGGCUGCGGGCCCCGGCCUCCCUAUCCCUGGACGAUGUGUACAGCAUGGCGAAGAGCCUGGGCUCCGAGCUGCAGGACCUGACAGAGCAGUACGGCCCGGAGUCGGUGUCAGGAGUGGUCCCGCAAGUGGUGCGAGUUCUGGAGCUGUUGGAGAGCUUCGCAGCAGCGGGCGGUAGGGAGCGGGGCUGCCCGGAGCAGGAGCUCCUGAUCAGGACGAUGCAGAGGAUGCAUAUGGCCCGGGAGGAGCGCUCUACAUCGGAUCUAGAACAGAAGCUCGUUGAAGCUCAAAGAAAGGAGCAUGACCUUCAAAACCAGCUGUCACAGCUCACGGAGGAGAACCAGAAGCUGCUAGUACGUUUGGCUGAGACAAAGUCCCAGGGAGAAUGUGCCGCAAGAGAAGAGCGGGACCUGAUGUUAAAGCUGAAAGUGGUGGUGGACAGACAGAGGGACGAAAUCCGAUCACUGACGCAUGAGAUCCAGCAGAAGAACAGGGAUACAGAAGCGCUGCAGGAACAGUUGAACCGCUUUAUGAAUAUGAAUGAAGACCUGCGACGUAAAGUGUCUGUCGUCAACGCCCAGCUGAAGAGCUCUCUGCAGAGGAAAAGUGACGUGGAGAACCUACUUCUGGAAAAGCAGAAGGAAAUGGACUCCCUGACCCAGAGAUUGUCCGUAUCGCAGGCAAUCCCAGAUAAAAAUAUGAACACGACUGAAUACAGGCCACAGGAACAAGGAACGAAUGACAAAGCCCAAUCAAGCAAGUUGUGUUUUACCUCAGAAGACGUGAGGCAGAUAGUACAGGAGCGAAAUGAGCUCAAGACAAACCUGUUUCUGGUGAAUGAGGAGUUGCAGUAUUAUCACAGGGAGCUGCUGAACGAUGAGAGGAUCCCAAGCCUGUUGUUGUACGGCAUGAAAUCUGCCAUCCGAAAGCAGAAGAAGAAAAUUAAAGCUAAAAUGCUGGGGAUUGUGGAGUCUCCAAGCAGCAGUGACGAUGAGAACACAUGGAUACAGACAACAGCCACAGACUGUGUAGACUCCAAACCACCAGACUCCAAAAUCAAGAGUUUGUUUGGGAUGUGGUAUGGGAAACAGACGGUGGAACCAGGCCCUUGGGAAAUCAUCAAUUCCCAAGAGCUAAACCUGGCACAGAAAGAAGCUUCCAGUGCUGAAAAUACUUGAGCCUCAGUAUAUUCUUCCUUUCUCAUAAAUGUCUAAUUAACCACUGGACCCUGCCUAGCGGGGCCACUAACUUUUAUAAAGUGGCAGUACAAUCCUAUCUAUUGUGUGGCAGAACGGGUGCCGCAUCCUGUGUAAACUGUAAAGUGUACAUUCUUUUUCCAAGGAUAUUGAACAUCUAUAAAUUAUAUAUAUUUUUCUAACACUAUUUUUAUUUGAAUUUCCUUUUUUAAUAGAAUGUGAUUUUAAGAAAAUACUUGUAUGUAUACAGAAUAUUUUUGCAAUUGUAAAUUCUGCAUAAUAUAUAGCUGUCUGGAUAUUUGUUGUGUUCCUUAAAGUUGAAACACUAGAAAUAAAUAAAUUGUAUUUCUUGGUGG